AUGGAUCUUUCCACCUUAUGUGAAAUUGAUAUAGCAAUUAUAAUUUUUUCAAUUACUGCUGAACCAUUUCUAUUUGCUAAUUCAAAUGUAGAAUCGGUUGUCAAACGAUUUUCGCAAGCAAAGCAAUCGUUUUACUGCAUGUCAAGCCGUAAGACGACACAUGAAAAGACUGGAGGUGGUGAAGAAAAUGAUACAAUUAACAAGAUGAAAAAGAAGGCAAUAAAUGAGGAGGAAAAAGGAGAAUCUACAUUGGAAAUUUUCGAGCCAACUAAUUUGGAAAGACUUGAGAAACUGAAGCAAGAGAUUGAGGAACUUGAAACAGAUUUGGUUGAGAAAAUUGAUGAGUUACAAUUAGAUACAUGUGUAAAAGAUCCAAAAUUUGUACUCGAAAUGAAUGCAACAAAGUCUUCAUCCAUGCCAUCCAGUUGGUUGAAUCUUUAA